UUUUCAGAAUGGAUAUUAACAAGUGUUAAUAAAUGUUCACAAUUCGGUUUCAAUUGCUGACGACAAAGACAAUAAAUUCAUGAGACCGUAAAAGUGGAUGAAACGUUACGGCUAAUUUUGCAAGAGCUGGUGUAAAAAUGUGGAGCAAGGACCGGCUGUUAGUUAUUUCGAGUUCGUAGCGUGUAAUGGUCUAGGCAUUCUAAGAAGCUUGUGGACUUAUUCCUUUUUGGGGGAGUUUGGUCUGCAAAGUGCACAAGUUCCAGGAUAUAUUUGGAUCUUGGAAAAGAGGGGAUUUUGCUAAUGGUUUAAUAGUCUUUUGACUGUACUAGAAAAUUGUGGAACAUAAUCGCGGGAAGGCAUUACGUAUAACUAGUUUCACGAUAAUCAAGAAGAGGCGCUGGUUGUCCAUUUCUGGAGCUUUCUGAAAAUCUGCGCCGGCUCAAGAGUGAACAUUCACGACAUAGAAGAGUGAGCAUUCAUCACGUAUCUUUGGGAGUGUAAAAGAACGACUUGCGAAAAAUAAAACGAAAGUACUACUGUUCUGAUGUCACAAGUUAUGGACCAGGUAUAUGUUUUAAAACAAAAAGGUAAUUCUGCUUUGGAAGAUGGGAAAUAUGAAGAAGCCAUUAAAUAUUAUACAGAAGCAAUUGGUUUAGAUGAAAACAAUCAUGUUUUAUAUAGUAAUAGAUCUGCAGCAUUCUCUCGAGUAGGAAAAUAUGAACAAGCAUUAGAAGAUGCUAAAAAAACUGUAAGUUUAAAGCCAGAUUGGGUUAAAGGAUAUUCGCGUAUGGGCAGUGCAUGGGCUCAUCUAGGUAAUAUAGUUGAAUCUAUUAAAGCAUAUCAAGCUGGCAUAGAACAUGAUCCUUUUGAUCCUCAACUUGAAAGUGGUUUGCAAGAAGCUGUUGCUCCACUUUUAGCACCAAAUGGUCCAGUAAAAAGACAAGAUUUUUAUUUGAAACUUGCAAACGAUGCUAGAACUAAACAGCUUUUACAAGAUGUAGAAUAUGUAACAUUGUUGGAUAUUCUCAGACAUGAGCCAAAUAUCCCUUAUUUUAUAUUAACAGACAAUCGAGUGCUUACGACUCUUAUUGUAUUGUGUGAGUCGGAUAACAAUAUAUACCACAUCAAUGAUACAUCAAUGAAUAAAACUUCACAAUCAGAAUUUCCAAAACCUAAACAAGAUCCAACUAUGUCUCAAAAGAAGAAAGAAGAAGCAGACUGUAAUACACCUCAAAAGCAAGCACAAUAUGAAAAGCAAUUGGGUAACGAAGCUUACAAACAAAGGAAAUUCGAAGUAGCCCUUGAACAUUAUAACAAGGCAGUAGAGUUAGAUCCUACAGAAAUUAUUUACUUACUAAACAUAGCAGCAGUAUAUUUUGAACAAAAAGAAUAUCACAAAUGCAUUGCCCAAUGUGAAAGAGCUAUUGAAGUUGGAAGAGAAAAUAGAGCAGACUUCAAAUUGAUAGCUAAGGCAUUUACUAGAAUUGGACAUGUAUACAAAAAAAUGGAGAACUGGAAACAAGCAAAAGUGUUUUAUGAAAAAUCCAUGUCAGAACACAGAACACCAGAAAUUAAGACCCUUCUUUCAGAUAUUGAUAAAAUUAUAAAAGAAGAAGAAAAGAAAGCAUAUAUUGAUCCAGUAAAAGCAGAAGAAGAAAAGGAACUUGGAAAUCAAAAAUAUAAAGAGGGAGAUUAUCCAACAGCAAUAAAACAUUAUUCUGAAGCUAUCAAAAGAAAUCCGGAUGAUGCAAAAUAUUAUAGCAAUAGAGCUGCCUGUUACACCAAAUUAGCAGCAUUUGAUCUUGGAUUAAAGGAUUGUGAAAAAUGUGUUGAAAUUGACCCAAAGUUUAUCAAAGGUUGGAUAAGGAAAGGCAAGAUUUUACAGGGAAUGCAACAACAAGGAAAAGCGCUCACUGCUUAUCAAAAAGCAUUAGAAUUAGAUCCUUCAAAUAGCGAAGCAUUAGAAGGAUAUCGUUCAUGUGCUGUUUCCGUUAGUUCCAAUCCUGAAGAAGUAAGAAAAAGAGCAAUGGCUGAUCCAGAAGUUCAGAGUAUAUUACGGGAUCCUGCUAUGAGACUUAUUUUAGAACAAAUGCAAAGUGAUCCUAGAGCUUUACAAGACCACAUGAAGAAUAAAGAUGUAGCAGCAAAGUUACAAAAACUCUUGGAAUCUGGUCUUAUAGCCAUUCAUUGAAGAU